GCUGUCCUGGCCAGCAGGGUGCUGGAACUUUGAAGUCCUACACUCACGGAAGUGUCUCCUCUCACGUCACAAUGGGCUGGGCGCCAACCUAACUGCGUCCUUAGCAACAGCCCGGCAGCGCUUUUGGAACCGGGCGGCGCAGCGAGGCGAGUUGCUCGGCGGGAGCGGACGGUGGGAGAGGCGCUUGCAGGCUGAGGUCAGCUCCUGCCUCCUCGUUUGCCACGUUCAGAAGUGGGUCACCAUUGCACUUUGGAAGCUUGCCACACCGGACAGUUACUCCUCCAUCAGGAACCAGUUUGUCAUGGGGAGAUCGACCAUCAGGGCUGUGCGCAUGCAGAUAAAGCAGCAGUCUGAGGCUGUAUUCACCGGACCUCUCUAGGGUGUCCUCACCACCGUCACAGGUAUGGCUUGGGGGUUCCAGCCUGGAGGAUUUCAUUGACUCUGAAGUCAGGAGGUCAGAUCUACCACACUCAUUUCCUGAUUUACUCCAUUCACUUCCUCCCUCUGGAGAUGUCUGCUGUCCAGGUUAAUAAGAUUGAUUAUAGCAUAAGAAGAUGCCAAUCUUUAAAGUGCCAGUGAUACACAGAUUUGGAAUAUUAUCUAAUAGACAACAUAAAGAACUCCAAAAGGAAUUUUUGAGAAAAUAUUUUCCAAGUCAUUCAUACGAAAUCCGCCAUGACAAGCCUCUAAACCCCUUGGAAAUCACAGAAAAUUUCAUUCAGAAGUUCAAUGAUGCAACAAAUCCACAGGAUAAAAAAGACUUACUGGAACUAGCUAAGAAAAUGCUUGCCAGAUGCAAGAGAAGAUCAGGCCUUGGCACAUUAGGUUCUGGGAAGCAUGUGGAUCUUCCGGUAGCAUGGACUGAAGCAAUUAUAUUGGCUCAGUGCAAAGGUGAAAUCCAGGAAGAAGCUUUGGACAUCCUUUUAAUAUCUUUGGACCAUGCACCCAUGAAUCCAGAGCAAGUCCCUGUUUUAUUUUUUAUUGCUGAAUCCAUUUUAUAUAGGAUCUGUUAUGAUGCAGCACAGAAAUCUUAUUUAUACUCCAGUGAAAUCAAGUUAUCAAAGGUUGGAUUUUUGGUCUUUUUAAGACUCCUUGUUUUUCACCUGUGUGGUCAUCUGAAAUCUUCUGGAGAACAUACAUAUCGGCUUUAUAUAGAUUUAAAAGCACUUUCUGCUUGUGAGGUUUGCUACCAGCCAUAUCCAAACAUCCUCUCGGCUGUGCAUUUUAUGCUGAAGGCUGGAGAAACCAUAUGUGGUGCUGUGGUACUUUCUGAUCUAAACUUGGAAGAAAUACAGAAGCAGAGACCUCGUGGCAUGUCCUUCUUGAAUUCUGACCCAUCAGUUCAAAUAAAGCUUGAACAAAAAGAAAAUAAGAUUCAGCCCUUUCUUUGGCAUAGUCUUGUUGUUUGGGUCUGUAUACACAACAACUCAUCUCGAUUAGAUGAAGUUCUCCAACAUCUUCUGUUCUAUAAGGAUGAGCUCCACCAGAAAAACUGGUUGGAUUCUGUAUUAGGUUUGUUGGUCCUUGGAGAGGCUGCCAAAUUAAACUUGUCCUGCUUGAAGGUUUUAAUGGAUCUAGUGAGAGAUUUUAUUUCAAGCUCUAUGUCUCUUCAGAAGCAGAAAGACAGCUGCAUGCAAAAUCUAUCUUCUUGGAGCUGGGAAAUAGGCUAUGUAUACACCACAGUACUGAGAGACAUUUGUUUAAAUGGGAUAAUCUCAGAUUUACAAAAGACAGCUUUUCUUGGAUUCUGUGAUUGUACAAAACCACCUAAGCAUCCAGAAGAAUUAAGAGGAGCAAGUUUUUUUGACCUUCUGCAAUAUAGUCCUUCUGAUGGUCCACACGACUGUGAAGAACUAUUCUGGGUUAUUCGCUAUGGUGUUGUUUACAAUCUGGUUGUGAUGUGCAAUGAACUCUGUGGGGAUGUGAGUCGAGAAGGCUUAAGGAAUGCCAUGUGGAAUGCUUUACAGAAACAAAAGAACAACGAAAGAGAUGGUCGAGUCCUGGAAGCUGUUAGAGUAGCAGAGGCUGAGGCAAAUGGUCCAGCAAAUCCUUUUAUUAGUUCAAGUGCAAAUGCUCCAUCAUCUCCCAGGACCUUAAUCUCCUGCCAGUAUGUGGGCUGGAGAGUGGCCAGUGCACUCUCCCAGGUCUACUUACCUCCCACCGGACCCAACAUCCCUCUGCCAAGCAAAUCUAAACAGAAGGUAUCUCCUGUGAAAUAUCAGUACUCAGAACAACGUGAUGUGGAGAAAAGAACUGCACGCCCUUCUCUAAGGGAGGAACUUUUGCAAGCAAGAAUACCAAUUUAUCCAUAUCCAGAUAUUUUUACCAGGACAGAUAGGGCACUAAAGAAGAUAAUUGAGGAUCAGUGGCAGAAGGAGCUGCAGAUCAGACUUAAGGAAGAGGAGUGGCUCCUGGAGAUAGAACUUCAGGAAAAACAAAGGAAGGAGGAAGAGCACUUCAGAGAAAUUAUGAAAAGGCGAGAAGAAAAGGUGCACAAGAAAACCAAACCUUAUGAGCUUCCUGCUAAACACCAAGAUGAAGAUUUGAUAAAGUGAAUUAACAAGAUCGAGCUGUCAGUAUUUCAUCAAUCAACACUAAUGUGGGACUGACUUUCUAAUCUAAAUGCUUGAAAUUAAAAUGUUUUAAAAAUUGGAAAAAAUAACUGUUCCCCAGUGACUAGUAAAAUGACCCAAUAUGCCAGGCCUGCAGCUCUGACACGUGAGGAGUCCGUUCGCCUAAGGAUUUCAGCACAGACACGGGAAAUAAGAGUGGUCUGCAGCACCCACAGGUUUUGCACUCAGAUUCUUUGUGUUUGGGGGUCAACCCCAGUGUUGACCCCCUGCUGGCUUUCAUAGCCCCGGGUCUUGGCCUCUGGGCAGUCCCUGCAGGGUCCUGCUGGGCUUCGAGGGUCCCCCAGCCCCACUCGCUUCACUGCCACUCAGCAGCCUCAUAGGCUUUGCUGGCCCUCAGGGUCCCAUUGCCCACCAGCCCCACCCCAUUGUCUUCCACUGCCAACCUAGGGCUCUGCACCUGGCCUCAGCCCAGGGUCAGCAGUUCUCCCAGCUGUGGCUCCAGCUUGGGGGUGCUGAGGGGCCAGAGUUGCCAACUCUCCCAGACCGUAAGGACUGGACUCCACUGCUGCAAAUGGUAUGCAGUUGGUCUGGUCCUUGACAGUUGGCAGCCGUCAGAGGGGCACGAAACUAUUGUAGGGGAGGGAAGAACUCAGCAUCCACAGACUAAAAAUUGUUCCAGCACCCCUAGAUUUCAGCGGUCUGGGGACAGUCCUUGGCUGUUCCUAAGCUGUUGAACAACCUCUAUGCCAAUCUCUCAAAGUCCUCAGGGAACUCCUGGGGGGUGGGGGUGAGUUCCUGGUGUACGUGGCAGCUCAAAGCACAACAGCAUCCAUCAUUCCCAACUGCUGGAAUAGCCCUUUUAGGUCAUGGGCAGCCAGGUUGAAUUUGGAGUAGUCUUCAGGUUGCCUUUUGUUACAUAGAGGACUUGCAUGGGUCUAGUAUUAGGGAGCCUCUGCCCCAAAUGUGCCCUGAGCCAAUCUUUGCUACAGGAUCCAUUUCAACAAAUGGGUUCAGGGAAAACUUUUUGUAUAGCUUUGACUUCCUGAAGUUCAUUUGGAGUUUCUACUUCCAAAAAUAAAAUCAAAGCUUCCAAAUUUUACCUUAUUUCUGGCCAAAAUCAUGUGAAAUCAGAGAGAUUUCUCAUGGUCUCCCUCUGAACCAUCAGUUUGCCAAACAGCAUCUCACAUUUGCCACAGGAAACCUAGCAAACCUGGCCAUAGCAAACUUGCCAUAGUUUGGAUUUUGAACAAAACCAAGCAAGUUUUCCUGUAUUCAGCUUUCUUUAAGAAAGCUUCAGUUAUUGCCUAAAUUCAAGAACUUUCAUGCAUCAUCACUUUUUGCUGCCCUCAUUUGAGAUGAGAUAUAUUUGAAAAGUGGUCAUUAUACCUACAGCAACUAAGAGUCUCAAGUGAGUGCAAUUUUUCCAGUUAUAUUUUUUCCAGUAGUAUAAUUAGCAUUUUUUCCUAUUAAUUCUUGACUUACGAUCACACAGCAUAUUUUAUCAUUUGUAAACAGAAGUAGUUGGUAUUAAUUCUAAAUAAUUGAUAAGCAGCAUUUAUGAAUCAUCUCUAAAAAAAAUGAGCAUUAACUGAGUUUUGGCUGUGAGAGAAAAUCUUAGAAUAAAACCUUUUAUAAACCUUCUAUAAACUUGUCAGAAUAUGGAAGCAACAAAAUUAAACAAAUGCUUCUUGAAAGUUUCUUUAAAAAAAGAAACCCUUAAGAAAUCAGUAAGAAGGGGCUAGACUCAUAUGACCUUGAUAUACAGCAGAUCCCCCACUCUUGGCAGUGGGCCUCUUGAGAAUGUGGUUAUGUGAUUCGAAUGCAGAGUUGAACUAUUUGCAUGUGUCAAUUAGGCAUGCGAUCACACACUUAAGUUAUUUGAGGGUUAUUUCUGAAGACCUGUGAAAGGCUCAUUUCAAGACUGCAGACAAACCCUAUAGAGCUCAUCUGCCCAAAAAGGCCCAGUGCCUCUGAAUUGUUCCCCAAGCUCACCCCAUUUCCCUUUUCCCACAGCAAUGGGUCUGAAAGAAGCCAUUGGACCCCACAUGCCUAACAGCUGAUCUGAACCACCUCCCAAAACACAGGCGAAUUCCUCUGCGCCCUGGAAGUUAAAUGUUCAUUGGUUCAUCACUGUAUCCCAUGAGACCUCCCUCUGUGAGGUUAAGGAUGAAAUGCCAUGGAGGAUGAUCACUGCAUUGAUCCUGCCCUCUCACCACCAGGACCCCCAUUCCACAGUGACCGCAGGCUGAGCCUACACCAUAGAAGCAGAGGUGCUUCUGCAGGAUUGGUGGAAUUUGUCACAAAGCUCAUGCUUCCCCCACGUACCCUAGUCAGUAUCCAUCAGCUUUGGCUCUCCUCCAAAGUCAGGAAAGAGGCAGCAAGAAGAGGCAUAUGGCCCAAAUUCUAGAACAAGUGUGUUUACAACACAGAGUAAAAUGGCCAUACAUUUCAGGGGGGUUGACUUCUCAUUUACAUUGACAUCAGUGGAGAACCCAGAUAACAAAUGGGUUAGAUCCCAUCAGGGGGGCGGGAUCAUGUGAUCUCCCUCCCAUAUUUAAUGCUUGGCUUGUACUAACCAUGUUCUUAUGGACUGAGCUUGCUUACUGAUACUGCUGAUGCUGGCUGCCCUCACCCUUCCCUCCUGGUCUCCACUCCCACCACCAGCAGGCACAGAUUGUCUCUGGGAACUGUCAAAGGAGCCAGUAUAGUUUCCCUUGUUUUGAUGUCAAAUGAAAUAAAAUCACAACACAAAAAACAUAUUAAAAAUUAGCCAUUCAUGAGCAUGUCUCCCUCUACUAAAACCAGUAGCAGCUACACUCACAAACCAUUAAAUUUUUUUUAUCUGAAACAUUUUAUCACAUCAGCUCUUUGGGAGAAAAGUAAGAGAAGGGGAAACUUUUCUUUUUCUGCCAGUGAGCAUAAACACCCCAACUAAUGGAAAAAAUGUUUUUGGUGGAUUUAGCCCACAUUCAGCCUAUAAGCCAUUGGUUGGCUGCCGGAGAUUUAAAGUAUUUGGAGUACUCAUUAUACUAUUCUAACAAUCUUCCCUGACAUACCAUGUGCAUUUGGAACCUUAUUUAUAAACAAAGCUAAAUUUGAACUGUCAAAUUCUCUAACAUAAAUUCAGUUAUUUACAUAGUUUAGCAAAUUCCAUUGAUGAUUUCUGUUACUUUUGAGCAAAUAGGCAUUUUUCUUAGUAACAUACUGAGCUGAAGAUUAAUUUAACUUUAAUGUUAUUCACAUGCACUUACUUAGCCCUAGCUGAGGACUAAUUUCCAUAAUACCUGCUGCCGUACCAUUACCUUAUUCCCUCUUCAUAUUUCAGAGAAAACAGAAAACUCAAUCAGUUAAAAAAAAGUGAAAAUUGUUCUCAGAGGAAGGACUCCUGUGACGACUAGCUUGUGGCUGCAAAGCCAUAGCCCUGUUAUAAGGGGCUGCGGAUGCACUCAGUCCUCAAAGGAGUGACCAGGGAUAUUGGGCCUGAUUCUUAUUUAUACUAAAGUCAUUGUACACCAUCCUGAUAGUGAAAGAAGCCUUCGAGUGUAAGGUCUUGGCUUCACGUGCAGCAGAGCUGCAUUGCUGUAACACUUUAGCAAAGACACUAUCACACUGAUGGGAGCACUUUUCCAGUUGGUGUAGUUAAACCACCUCCCAGAGAGGCCAGGAUAUCGCUGAGAGAAGUGCCUUACACUUGGAGCAGUGCCUUAAUACAGCACUGGCUAUACAGGGGGUUAGGUUGGUAUAACUACCUGGCUUGAUGGGUGAGGAUUAUUCACACCCCUGGAUGAUGUAGUUAUACCAAUAUACGUUUCUGGUGUGGACAUAAUGGAUGUGUUACUUGCACCCACACGGAGGGCUGUUUACGCUGCCAGAGUGAUUUUAGUGGCCCUGGUGUAACUGAGAAACAGUCCUAUUGUGACCGAGCAAGCACAAGGCCUCUGAGAACAUCAACAGAUCAUAGAUCAGAGCAGUCUGAUAAACCAUUUUUAAGGGUGAAGCAUGCUCUCCCUCAGCCCCAUGUUAGGCCAAUUAUUCUCACCAGAGUGGAGGUGAUAUGGGGCCAUGCACCCUCUUUGUCCUUCCCUGCCUGCUCUGGGAGAUCAGAACCACAGUAUUAUUAGUAGUUGUAUUAUCGUCGUGACUAGAGACCAGGACCCUAUUGAAGAAAGUAUGGAGAAGUUAAUGUGCUGUUCCUUUUUGUUCUCUAAGUGUAUGUCUACACUGCACAGCUAUUUUGGGAUACCGCAGGUCUACCCUGCGUCUACACAAGCCACCCAUUAUUUCAAAAUAUUUUUCAAAAAAACAGGUGUGCUAUUUCGGCAUCCUAGUAACGCUCAUUUCACGAGGGCUAAGGGAUGUCUCGAAAUAGAUGUGUUUGAUGUGU